ACAAUAAUAUAAAGAAAAGUACAUGUUGAAGAGGGCCAACAAAUGUGUUAUAUAUUAAUUAACUCGAGAGCGCCUUUCAGAUACUGUUGCGCACGAAGUUGGGAGGAGGGCAGAGCGAGCGAUAGUGAGCCAAUGGAAAGGCGCCCAAGACUUGCUCACUGUCGGCUUUGCUGAAGACUAAAACGGGAACAAUAUUUCUGUCAGGCGCAUACUGUCUUCUUCCAGUGUGGAGUCCAGAGGACUCACCAUCUCAGUGACUGGGUUUAUAUCCUUGCAGUCGAACACGGGUUGAAGCUACGAACCCAUAGGCUUGGGCCUGUCAUUGCGGAUGUAAGCAAUGUUUCCACGCACUCUGGCAGCUUUCAUGGCUGGGAUCAGUUCUUUCCUCUUCUGGCGCACAGCUUCAGGAUAGUCCUCAUUGAGGAGUAAGAGCUUAGGUAAGCUCCUCCAGGACCUUUUCUGCCACAACACAACUCCCCGCUUCUCCUCCAAUCACCCCUGGACACCUACCACUGAGGAAGAGCUUCGGGAGACUACCGGGAGAGUCAGAUUCCUGCCCCUGGAAUACCAACGAGUGUGCAUCCUUUUACACUUUUCAUCCUUCAUUUCAAAUCCACCUACUCUGAUAACGAGGGGGGGCGUUUGCUAGCAUCUCUGGCCUCUUGGAAUCGAUCCUGUGGGAACUGUUCUAGUUUUGAGCCUGCAUUCCUUCAGCUGACUCGGCCCAUCUGGUGUGUUUCUAUUGAACACUUUCAGGCUUAACACAUACAUCUAGUACUCUGCUGCAGGGAUACAUUGGUACAUUGUAACCUAACAACAAGCCCAAUCAGAAGAGGUAAAGAGGAGCGGCCCAUCUUGGAGUGUGCCCACUGGGCACAGAUGUCAAUUCAAUGUCUUUUCCACGUUGGUUCAACCUAAUUUCAUUGGAAUGAUGUGGAAGCAACAUUAAUUCAACCAGUGUGUGCCCAGUGGGUGGUGUGUUAGAGCUAGUGGAAGAUACACCUGUGGACUUAUAAGAGGCUCUGCAGAAGAAGACCUGAUCCUUCCUGAACUAUAAAAACACAGGGUCUCUCUGAAGAGAUAUCUGUCCAUCUUUUCUCUCUGGGUGGAGAAACCCCUUCCUGCACUCAGCCAGCGUCACACCUCCGGGCCUCUAACGAUUGCUCUACAUCUCCCCAUAUCUGUCUGUUUUCUCUCAAUCUUUCUUUUUCACCUGUCUACUUCACUUUGCCCUCUCUCAAUUUCUCUCCUCCUCCCCAUUCAUUCUCUUUUUUCUCCUUUUCCACAACACCCAUUUCUGUCACAUGCUCUCUCUGUUUUCAUAAUUAACGAUGCUUCUGUACCAAUUAGACAUUCAGUCGGUGCGACCCGAACCCUGAGAGCCCCAGUGGAAGCAGGGACCUUUGGUGUACUGCUGGUGUGUGGAUCGUGCUGUCCUAGACCUCCACCCCCCAGUACCCCCUGUCAUUGGCCUUGGCUGUGAAUGUCACGGCGCCGGCUGCCCACGGCUGAAUCGUCCACAGGGUCACAGGGCUGGCUCUUUUAUUUUCCACAGGCCAGGAAUCUCUGUGGGAGCCUCACUGUGUCUCAGGGGAACAAAAGUUACUCCUCAGCCCCAGUUGGGCCCUGACAGCUGCCUUCUGGAAUUUAGUGUUUUGGUCUAAUUAGAAACGUUCUGUCUAACCUCAAGAGCUUAUUCCUAUUAUAUUUGGAGUGAGUUUUCAUUUGAAGCCUUUGUUCGGUUUUGGUUUUUACCCUCUUCACCAGAUUCAAAUAACAGCUGAAGCUCAGGAUAAUUGCCUCUGGCUGAGAAUGUGAAUGCAGGUUCCUUCCAAGUCAUUGCAGUGGAUUAUCAUGAAUUGUCAUUACCGUGAAGGUCACACCCUGUAGGUUUUUCUCCUUCGUUUUUUGAUCCAGCUCCAUCUUCCACUUGACGCUAACACUUCACAGGGAUUGUGCAUAAAGCCGGGCACACCUUUUGCGUGUGUUCGCUAUAGGAAGCCUUCAAAAAACCUUGUUUUAGUGUAUUCCUCUCUAGAGAGCAGCGCACAGUUGCACAACAAUCAGCUGCGGUGAUUUUUUAACCAAAAUAAAGGCCCUUGAAUGGAGUAAAAUGAGAAAUAAUGGGCAGAUGGCAACCUUGCUUUAAAACAUCAACAAAUUCAUUAAUACAACAUUGGGUGGUAGAGGCAUUUGGCAAAGUGCUGAAGUAGCCUCUCCCCCCCUCUCUCUUUCUCUGUCACGUUCCCUCUCUCACUAGAGACAGGGGAUCAGGUAGCAGAGCAGAAAGACCGGAGGUUGAUCCGCAGUGCCCCUGCUUCUCUGUUUGUUGUGUUUUUGUUUGUCCCCCCACCCGUCCGUGCAUGUAAUGACCCAUCACCUUCGUCAGCCUCAGGAGAGAUGCCUGUACUUGAGAUGGCAGUGAGCCUAGUCAAGUCCCUGUACUGGGAGGUGUUCCCCCCCAUGUCCACGUGCAGGGUCUACUGCACCCCUGUGUUCCAUGACGGCCUGCUCUAUGUGCUCGGGGGCUGCAGUGAGACAGGCCUGCCUCUAGACACUGCCGAGGUGCUGGACAUAGAGAGCCAGACAUGGACCCAGUUACCUCCACUUCCUACAGCCCGUGCGGGGGCAUCAGCGGUGGCCCUGGGGGGUCAGGUGAUGGUAAUGGGGGGCAUGGAUGGCCAGCAGAGCCCCCUGUCCUCCGUGGAGGUCUACAACCCUGACGAGGGCAAGUGGGAGAGGAAGGCCAGCCUAGGACAACCCUCCAUGGGCAUCACCUCAUUAGAGAAAGAUGGGAAGGUAUAUGCGCUUGGAGGGAUGGCAGCUGACACGACGCCCCAGGCUCUGGUGAGGGUUUAUGAGCCGGAAAAGGACCAAUGGCAGCCCCUGACCUCUAUGCCCACGCCCCGCUAUGGAGCCGCCUCUUUCCUGAGAGGCAACAAGAUCUACGUGCUGGGUGGGCGUCAGGGCAAGCUUCCUGUCACAGCCUUCGAGGCCUUUGACCUGGAAAUGAAGAGCUGGACGCAUUACCCCUGCAUCCCCAGCCGCCGGGCCUUCGCCUGCUGUGCUGCUACCGACCGGGGCUUCUUCAGCCUGGGAGGGCUCCAGCAGCCUGGCCCCCACAACUUCUACUCCAGACCACACUUCGUCAGCACAGUGGAGGAGUAUGACCCAGAACAGGGUAUCUGGAUCAAACCAACCCGAACCUCCAGGAUGAGGGUUAAGAGAGCAGACUUUGUGGCCGGAUGUCUCGGUGGAAGGGUCAUCGUUGCUGGUGGACUAGGUAACCAGCCGUCGCCCCUAUCGUCGGUUGAGAGCUACAAUCCUGUGAAGCGGAGUUGGGAGUACGCUGCCCCCAUGCCCAGUCCUCGCUGCUCCUGUUCACCCCUGCAGACCCCCAACAUGCUGUUUCUCAUUGGGGGCGUGGCCCAGGGACCCAGCAACGCCGUGGAGGCUCUUUGUCUCAGAGAGACUGUGUGACACGUACACAGAGACAGACGAAGGACUCAAUGCAAGCAAAUUCAAUGUGUGCAGGUGAUGGACACUCAUACAGACUUUGUUUUUGCCUUUGAACCUUGCAGUUGGUGGGCAGGAUCAAGGACAGUGACCCUGACACCUGUUUCUUUCAAUGGAGAAACAAAUACUUUUCUACAUCUUUAGAGGCAUAAGACGAGUCAAAUAAAUAAGCAAAAAACAACACCACAGACGCAUACACACGCUACACAAAAGACGCCUUUGAACAGUACAGCAUUUUUCUGGAAAAAAGCAGGGUACUUUUCUGGAAACUAAAGGAACUACGGGCCAUAUCUGUUUCACUACAACAGUCAGGCUGCAUUGGCUUGUUAAAACACUUUUCUAUCACCUUAAAGUAGAUAGGAUAAAGUAGGAUAUAACAUUGGGGUAUUUGUCUGUGUUUUGGUACCUUCACAGCCAGGUGUGUGUGAAUAUAGCACAGCUAUACACAUGAUGUUUAAAUCCCACACACCAUGAAUACCACCUCUAGAAUGGCCAGGCCAAUCCCUGCACUGUAGCAUCCAGAGACAAGAGUGCUUUGGCACUAAGCAACAUUUCCCUUUUUAAUAGAAAAAUAUACGUAUAUAUUUUACCUCGAGCUUUGCAAUGAACGACAGAUGAAAGGAACAGAAGGCAGGACAAAGUGCAUGUUCAGAAAGUGUGUUUAUUUCAGAUAAUCCUUCGGUGGUGGCUUAAAAAGAGAGCAACGGAAAGAGAGAGCGAAAGAGAGAGAAAUUGGGAAGUGUGUUUUUAAAUAGAAAAUCGUAAAUGGAAACUUCACCGCUAGACAAUAUUUGGGAACUGGAAAAACACCCCUGCAUAAUUAUGAGUGAUGAGGUGUUUCAGACAUAAUUAUGAGUGAUGAGAGGUGUUUCAGACAUAAUUAUGAGUGAUGAGAGGUGUUUCAGACAUAAUUAUGAGUGAUGAGGUGUUUCAGACAUAAUUAUGAGUGAUGAGGUGUUUCAGACAUAAUUAUGAGUGAUGAGGUGUUUCAGACAUAAUUAUGAGUGAUGAGAGGUGUUUCAGACAUAAUUGAGUGAUGAGGUGUUUCAGACAUAAUUAUGAGUGAUGAGGUGUUUCAGACAUAAUUAUGAGUGAUGAGAGGUGUUUCAGACAUAAUUAUGAGUGAUGAGGUGUUUCAGACAUAAUUAUGAGUGAUGAGAGGUGUUUCAGACAUAAUUAUGAGUGAUGAGAGGUGUUUCAGACAUAAUUAUGAGUGAUGAGGUGUUUCAGACAUAAUUAUGAGUGAUGAGGUGUUUCAGACAUAAUUAUGAGUGAUGAGGUGUUUCAGACAUAAUUAUGAGUGAUGAGGUGUUUCAGACAUAAUUGAGUGAUGAGGUGUUUCAGACAUAAUUAUGAGUGAUGAGAGGUGUUUCAGACAUAAUUGAGUGAUGAGGUGUUUCAGACAUAAUUAUGAGUGAUGAGGUGUUUCAGACAUAAUUAUGAGUGAUGAGAGGUGUUUCAGACAUAAUUAUGAGUGAUGAGAGGUGUUUCAGACAUAAUUAUGAGUGAUGAGGUGUUUCAGACAUAAUUAUGAGUGAUGAGAGGUGUUUCAGACAUAAUUAUGCACCAUAGCAGUAUUUUGUUUUAUUUGACUACUGUCUGAUCUAAAAAUGAACGGAGUCAUGUUUUGUAGCAAUUAUUGUGGCCUUUGUGUUUUGCUAAUUACACAUACAUGCUAGCAGCGAGUAGAUAUGGUUGGCCUUGUUCAAUAGAGCCAUUGGACUGGUCUCAACGAUGUUCCUAUCUGCCACGACAUUGCAGGAUACCUCGGCUGACUAAUUUUCCCUGGCUUUGUAAAGACUACAGCCUGACAGGAGCCCUACUUUGCUUUUCAAAAUGGCACCGGUACUAGUUUCUACACGUUAAUGGGAGCUAUGUUACCAUGCACUGUCUAUCCACGAUGGCUAAAUAAUUACAAUGGCUGCUUCUGAAAAUUCCGCUUUCCAAGAAGAGCUUGACGACGAAAGUUUUGACGUUCUUUUACAUACUAACACAGGGACAUACUGCCCUAUUCAUUUGAGCCGGAAUACACUGAAGUCGAGUUGAGACAGCGAGAACAAGAAUUGCGAGACCAGCAAGCAACGAUGGGGAGCCACGGUCAGACUCCGACUGGUGGCACCUAUGCGGGUGCUGUCCAGCCAUGCCAGCAGAAGAGGAAUGUCUGUGCUGCAACAAAUUCUCUUGCUGGAGGAGGUCACUGCAGAGUCCAUGGAUCAUGUGUAUGUGACAGACCAUUGAAGGUUCGACUCACAUGGGUUUUGGUGUGUCUGAGACGUUCCUCAGAAACUUCAAGAUCAACUGGCGGAGGCAGCCUAGACCAGCUGGACCGGGAGGGCAAAUGACAAACAAGUAAGUUAUUUUGCUGUCGGUAUCUAGCUAAGUUAUCUUUUCACAUGAGGCAGUAUUUUUCAGUACAGUAUAAUUUUGUGAUCGUUGUCCCGCACAGUAUAUUUUUGUGAUCGAUUCGGCCAUAACAGGGCUUACUAAUACCACAAGCCAAGUUAAGCUAACUAGCUCUGUUUGCUAUACCCAAAAUGUACUGUAGCCUAAUGUAGCUAGCUAAUGUGCGCCUGUGAGAUGGGAAAUAUUCUGCAUCGUGCUGCUUCAGUAGGAAUACAGACAGUACACAACAAUUGCCCAUGAAAGUCUAAUAGCGUUUUUGUCAUUCUCUUACAGACAAUACCUCUUGGUGGCCUACAUAUUAUUCUGGGAGUUUGUUCUACAUGGGAGAAGCUAGGCAGAGGGCACUGAAUCCCCUUGCCUGCAUGUGUUGUUGGAGCUAUAUUAGCAAUUUAUCCCUCACACAGCGGACAGUAUGUUAGAUACACUCUCCUCUUGAGUCAGCAACUUAUUUGUAAGGUCCAUAACAACAAUCUCCCCUUGUAUCAAAGUGAACACCUCACUGCAUCUCCCAAACAGGCCAUAUGCAAGUAUUCCCAUUGUAGAACUGUAGUAUUUAUUAUAGGUGUUAGUAGUAUAUUUUUCGUCUACUGUAUAAAUGUCAUACAGUACAUUGCCAUAACUGUUCCUGCAUACUGCUGUGUAAACUCACCUUGGUCUCCAGAGCAAUUAAACUUUGUCUGGAAUUAAAGCCAUGUCUACUUAUUUGCCACAUUGACAGACUAUUCUAUUGUUUUAUUAAAACAUGUUUAAUUCUAAACAAAUUAUAGUUGAAAUGAUGCAGCAACUCCCUGCAUACUUUUUUUUAGCAGUGAGAUUAUAGCUAGUUACUUCCAAAUACAUGGAAUGAAUAUCAUAAUGAAUUGAUCCAGAAGUCUUACAAUUUAUUGGUUUCUGAUGCAGCUGGAAUUAUUUAGUCACUUGUCAGUACUCAUGUAAAAAAGAUUAUAUAAAACAUUUGAUCAAAAGGGUCCCUUUUUCAGGACCCUGUCUUUCAAAGAUAAUUUGUAAAAAUCAGAAUAACUUCACAGAUCUUCAUUGUAAAGGGUUUAAACACUGUUUCCCAUGCUUGUUCAAUGAAGCAUAAACAAUUAAUGAACAUGCACCUAUGGAAUAGUCGUUAAGACACUAACAGCUUACAGACGGUAGGCAAUUAAGGUCACAGUUAUGAAAAUUGAAAACUUAGGACACUAAAGAGGCCUUUCUACUGGCCUUUCCUGAAAAACACCAAAAGAAAGAUGCCCGGGGUCCCUGCUCAUCUGUGUGAACGUGCCUUAGGCAUGCUGCAAGGAGGCUUGAAGACUGCAGAUGUGGCCGGGGCAAUAAAUUGCAAUGUCCCUACUGUGAGAAGCCUAAGACAGCGCUACAGGGAGACAGGACGGACAGCUGAUCAUCCUCGCAGUGGCAGACCACGUGUAACAACACCUGCACAGGAUCGGUACAUCCGAAUAUCACACCUGCGGGACAGGUACAGGAUGGUGGCAGGUAGCCUAGUGGUUAGAGUGUUGGGCCAGUAACCGAAAGGUUUCUAGAUCAAAUCCCCAAGCUGACAAGGUAAAACAAAAUCUGUCGUUCUGCCCCUAAACAAGGCAGUUAACCCACUGUUCCUAGGCCUUCAUUGUAAAUAAGAAUUUGUUCUUAACGGACUUGCCUAGGUAAAAAAUGUUAAAUAAAAAAUGGCAACAACUACCUGAGUUAUUCCAGGAACGUGCAAUCCCUCCAUAGGUGCUCAGACUGUCCGCAAUUGGCUAAGAGAGGCUGGAUUGAGGGCUUGUAGGCCCGUUGUAUGUCCUCACCAGACAUCAACCCCAGACAGGACUGGCAAAAAGUGCUCUUCGCUGACGAGUCGCAAUUUUGUCUCACCGGGGAUGAUUUUCGGAUGUGCGUUUAUCGUCGAAGGAAUGAGCGUUACACCCGAGCCUGUACUCUGGAGCGGGAUCAAUUUGGAGGUGGAGGUUCCGUCAUGGUCUGGGGCGGUGUGUCACAGCAUCAUUGGACUGAGCUUGCUGUCAUUGCAGGCAAUAUCAACGCUGUGAGUUACAGGGAAGACAUCCUCCUUCCUCAUGUGGAACCCUUCCUGCAGGCUCAUCCUGACAUGACCCUCCAGCAUGACAAUGCCACCAGCUAUACUGCUCGUUCUGUGUGUGAUUUCCUGCAAGACAGGAAUGUCAGGGUUCUUCCAUGGCCAGCGAAGAGCCCGGAUCUCAAUCCCAUUGAGCAUGUCUGGGACCUGUUGGAUUGGAGGGUGAGGGCCAUUCCCCCCCAGAAAUGUCCGGUAACUUGCAGGUGCCUUGGUGGAAGAGUGGGGUAACAUCACACAGCAAGAACUGGCAAAUCUGGUGCAGUCCAUGAGGAGGAGAUGCACUGCAGUACUUAAUGCAGCUGGUGGCCACACCAGAUACUGACUGUUACUUUUGAUUGUGACCCCCCUUUGUUCAGGGACACAUUUUUCAAUUUCUGUUAGUCCCAUGUCUGUGGAACUUGUUCAGUUUCUCUCAGUUGUUGAAUCUUGUCAUGUUCAUACAUAUAUUUACACAUGUUAAGUUGUUGAAAAUAAACACAGUUAGUGAGGGGAUUUUUCUUUUUUUGCUGAGUUUAUCUACUGUACAAGAGCUAGCGAUAUCUAUAUCACAAUGCAGUUGUGAGCAUACUAGGCAUUCUAUAUUAUACUCAACAUCACUCUAACUGAAUAUGGAUGUUGUGUUGGUUGAAUGUUCCAGGCAGGGUCCUGAAUGUUCUUAAUCUGGUAAACCUUGUGUUGGGCAAUGGCAGCUGGUCUGACAGAACUUCAUGAGCUCUUGCCAGACCCGUGCAGUCUUUUCCUCUUCCGAGUCAGAUGAAGUUGAGCUUAAUCAUGUUCACGGCUGAAAGCUCUUAUCCAAUGGGUCUACAGGAUCUGUACUACUAAAGCUGGUGUCAAGAUCAUCAGCAGCAGGAUGAGUCUUUAGAACGCACACUAGUCAGUGAUUAGCCAACAUUUCACUACUUUGUCCCCAUCACUACACACUCGAACAAGGUACUAUAUCCCCCUAUCCCCCUCAUGUUAAUAGAUAAUGUAUAGAUAAGAUAGAUAAUGUUGUUGCCUACUUAUAAACAAACCAACUAUGACAACUAGACACAGACCAUGUUUAUCCCAAGCUCCAGUUAAUUAUUUUGCUCAUGGAGUCAUGGAAGGAAAAGGUGACUUACACUUGUACCUGGUGCUGAGCUUGAUGUUGAUGCCGCUGCAUAUGUUGAACGGGAACACAAAGGCUAGUCAUGUUAGCCUCUGCGGUAGUUAGCUUGCUAAUGUAACGUUAGCUUGCAAAGUAACAAAUCACAUCGCCAUAUACAUAGCAGCUGGCUAAUUACAUUGAUUUGCUUUGGGAAAUCUAGCCAGCAUAUUAUGAAAGCUAGCUAGCUAGAAACAAAUGUAGUUCGCUAGCUACUGUAUCUGGGUUAGCUACGCUACCUCUGCUUGACUUCUUUAGUAAGGUAACCAAUGCAAUGUUACCCCAUCAUACUGUUCUUGCUUGUUGUUUGCACAUCCAGGUACUGAGCACCACACCAUGACAGAACUUUACAGUUGUUUUUGUUGAAACUAAAAUAAAUAGUUAUUCUCAAGCUGAUGUUCUAUGACCGAGUGGCUUGUUCAGUGAGUAACAUUAGCUACCUGCUGACACCCAUCCUCAACUGGAUCCACCUCGACAGGGGUGGUAGUACGUUCUGAUAUGAAUUCGCUAUGAAUUCUGGAUAUUGUGGUUUACUUACAACCAGGAAAUGUAGAUGGCCUGUUUCUUCCGGUGAGAUGCAGAAACACUCGCUUUUGCAUGUAGUGAGGAAGUAAAAACAUUUUUAUGACACAUUAUGUUAAUAACAUAUACAUUUUAUUUUAAUAACCUUUAUUUAACUAGGCAAGUCAGUUAAGAACAAAUUCUUAUUUACAAUGACGGCCUACCCCGGGCCAAACCCGGACGACGCUGGGCCAAUUGUGCGUCGCCCUUCGGGACUCCCAAUGGACAUGUACAGUGAAAGAGCAGUGGUAAAAUGUCCCUUUAAUAGAAAGACUGUGCUGCAUUUUCCUGAGCCCUUCUGUAAAAAUACCUUCCUUGUUCAGCCUUCUCAAGGACCAGAUAAGAAAUAGAGAGAGCAGGAGUGGUUUUAGAGCUAGUAUUAGAGGACAGAGGGUGGAGUUCACAUUUGCUUCUCUUAAAAAUAUAUUUUUUAGUAUGUAUUUUAUUGAUACACGUUUAUUGAUACACAUGAUACACUUUCCUUGGCCACCUAUGUACAACCCCACAUUUUAUGGAUCAUGAGUUUUUAUUUUAUUUAGGAUGUCAUCCUAACCUAAGCUGGCCCAACUGUCUCCUACACCUGUUCAGGCUGUGGCUUCUGCUCUCUCUGGUUGUCUUAUUGACUUUUAUUUAUUCAGUGUAGCACAAUUGAGACCAGGGUCUCUUUACCAAUGAUGCCCUGAGUACAAAAUGUUUCUCACAAACAGGAACAAAAAUUAACAUUACAAUAAAAUAAUCACCUGGUUCAUGACUUUAUUCAUUAAUGUGUUUAUCAGCUUCUCCUGUUGCGCAGACGCUUGAUGUGCUAAAUUACGGGCUGGAGGGCUGGGGCUGUGGCUGGUUAGUAGGGCUGGGGCUGUGGCUGGUUAGUAGGGCUGUGGCUGGUUAGUAGGGCUGGGGCUGUGGUUGGUAAGGAGGGCUGUGGUUGGUAAGGAGGGCUGGGGCUGUGGCUGGUUAGU